GGGGACAGGGCCUGUGGGGCGGGACGGACCAGCCCCCCAUGGCCCAGGACUCCAUUUCUCUGCAGGCGUGGUUGAGCAGGCAGCAGCAGCAGGCAGCGCGCGGCCGGGUCCUGCCCCAGGGCCCGUGGAGCUGGACACGGCUCUGACCACCCUAUCUCCCCGCAGUGUGACUGCAAAAAGUGCCACAGCCACACAGGGGAUCCCCUCACAUUCACCAACCUCUGCAAUGGUGCCCAGCUCUGAUGGGGGGCUGCAGGGGUCCCCCAUCACCCUGCCAGGACAGAGCCCCACAGGGCUGGGGAUUGCACAGAGACAUGGGGGCUCACACAGCCCCUCAUCCCCAGACCCAAGGGCUGUGGGGGAUCCAGCCACCACCGUCCCACAGGGGACGAGCCCAAGGGCUCGUCUGAGCCUUGCACCAGCCACAGACAGCCCUGUGCCAGGGACAAUGAGGACAUCACCUGUUGUAGAGGGGCUGCAGAGGCUGCUGAGCUCAGCGGGGACACUGCAGGGGACACGGCCAGGGCUGCCAGGGCGAGGAUGGGGCUCUGAGUGGCGUGGGACAGACAUUGCCUGGCAGGGUCCUCGCUCUGCCCUUCACCCCUCUUUGCCUUUUCUGGGACCUCGUGGCUAUAGGGACCUGCUGCUGGCCAGCACAGCUCAGCCGGCCAUGGGAACAGGGCCAACCUCACUGCCUGCCACAGGCAAGGGGUCAGGUCUGCCUGUCCCCACUGCCAUGGCUGGCACCUCAGGGGUGACAUCCCCCGGCCCCGGGGGAGCCCUGGACUUGACCACAAGAGUGUUGGGGCCACCUGGCACAGAGGGUCCCCCUGAGCAUGGCCAUGGCCCCCUGGGUCAGACCUUAGUGGCCCUGGGCAGCAGUGUUGCAGGACAGAGUAGUGUGUCAUACACCGGCCCAGGGGCCCUCCAUGUGCCCCGAUCCCGACAGCCUGACCCAACUGGUGACUCUGUACCCAUGUCACAGACCCCACAGCACCUCCUGGGGACCAGCCAGGGUGUUUCAUUGCUCAGCCCCACCGUGGGGACCCCCCUGGCAGAGGUGUUGAGGGGGACGCUGGUGGCUGCAGGUGAUUCCAAGCCCUGGGCAGCAACUGACUCCCCAUCAGCCCCUGGGUCCCCCCAGAUGCUCACUUGGUCUCAGCCUGCAUCUUCCCUGAGGUUGACCACCCCUGUGGAUGUCACUGUCACCACCACCGCAGCUGCCACCACCAGCCCAGCACUGCCUGGGGACAUGGGGAUGGUCACGCCAGAUCCCAGUGCUGCUCUAUUGCAGGGGGAUGCGACAGACCUGACGUGGGGUCUGCCAACUCCUCUGCCCACCAUGAUGCCAGCACCCCCCCAGCAGCCCACUGAUCCCCCCGGGACUCUGGGCCACCAUGUGGGCCCUGGGUCCCCCCCAGCUGCCAGGGACACAGACCUGGUGCAGCCAUCAGGCAGCCCCGGAGCGUGGCUGGAUGGUGACACCCCCCAAGUGAUGCCCACGCCAGCUGGGGCAGGCAGGGCCCCCCAGGUGUUCAUCGUGGAGGAUCAGCCACCCCUCCUGAAAGUGUCCCUGCUCCGCAUCCCCUGUGAACUCGUGCUGGACAUGGGGUUCAGCCCAGCCCUGCAGGACCCUGGGUCCCCUGAGCACCAGGAUCUGCUGCACAGCUUCAACCAUACGGUGGCCCCACUCUUCAUGUCAGUGCCCGGGUUCCUGCGGCUGGAGGUGACAAGGAUCAGGGAGGGCAGCGUGGUGUUGCAGUACGACGCGCUGUUCGCGGCCGAGCGGGUGCGGGCGCCAGGGCUGGGCGCGCUCCUGGACGUGGCGCUGGGCUCCGGCGCGGCCCCCCCCGGGCGGGCGGUGGGCACGGCCCCCGUCCUGCGCAACGUGGCUCUGGCACGGCCGCUGGACCCCUGUGCUGUGCUCUUCACCUGCCGCGCCGGCUUCACCUGCGUGUCCGGGGCGGAUGGGAACGUCACCUGCACCUCCCUCUGCCACCGCCACUACUGCAAGAACCAUGGCAUCUGCACCCACCUGCCGGGCCACCAGCCCCUCUGCCAGUGCCCCGUUGGCAGCGAUUUCUGGUUCGUGGGGCUGCGCUGUGACUACCGGGUGACGCAGCAGAGCCUGCUGGGCAUGGCUGCAGGGGUCCUGCUCAGCAUUGUCCUCCUGGGCGCCGUCCUCGCUGCCAUCGCCAUCCGCCGGUUCAAGGUGCUGCUGCUGGAGGCCAGGGCUGACCAGACCCGCAGCAGCUACCGGCGGUUCUGCCGGCUGGAUGAUGUCUCAGCCCAGUACUGGUCACGUUCCUGGCUGCCCUCGGCCAGCUCGCUGGACAACCUGGCCUUCAGCAACUCGGAGGAGCUGCUGCACCUGCAGAUCCUGGACAACGGCUGCUGCAGCUGCCAGGAGGGCUCGGGCACCACUGGCAGUGCCAAGCAGCGCCCAGCACUGUCCGCCCGCCCGGCCCACCCGCCCAGUUUCCAGUAUGACUGGGACACAAGUUCUAGCAGCAUGAACGACCCCAUGGUGGACUCAGGAAAAGCCAGUGAUAUCUCAGUGUCCAGCUGGCCCAUGGAGCCCAUCCCGUGGACACCCUUUCCCCUCCUCCAUCAACUUUCUAGGCAGCGACCGCACAAAGGCAGGCGGCCACACUCCUACUGCGAGGGGAUGGAGCUGGCCACGCUGGAGAGGAGCUGGACAGCCUGAGGAGCACGGAGAACAACACAGGCAACAAGGUUCAGCUUUUAAAACCAACCACAUUUUAUUUCCACGUAACAAGCUCAGUGAAGGAAUUUCAAACACUUUGACAAUACAAUCAAGGCGGGGGUGAUGUCAAGUUCCACUGGAGGCAGUGUCCUGGGAGAUCACCUGCCAACGUGUGCACCACUGCUUCGGACCAGACUUGAGAAGCCAGCUUUGGCUUGGGACAGUGUACUUCAUCCUAAGGAGUUACAGAGAAGUGUCCAGGAACACACAAUGCUGGCAUCCAACAGAGUCAAUGACUUACAUCCGGCAAUUGGAAAAUAAAGUCGAACAGAUUCUUGAAGUCACAUCAUACUAUGUACAUACAUGGUCUGCCCUACAGCCAUUUCAGAACAAGCUAAGCCACUGUGAAAAGUGAAAUACAAAUUAAGCGCUGCUGCAUUGUUCAUCAUGAUUAAUGUAAAUGAGGUAUAAAUUUAAACACCAGUACAUCUUAAGCAUGAAAGUUUGUUUUCCAAAAUGCUCUCCUUAUUUGCAAGUGUCCUCUUGAGCAUCUAGCUGGGCACAAAUGGUGGGGUCAUCUGAACAUGGGGCGUCUGAAGAACUCAGAGGAUGAGGGCAACGGGAUCCCAAAGGUGCUCGAAUAGAAAAGGAAAAAGCAAGCUGCAGUUUUCUACACUUAUAUUCUCAUCUCAUAGUGGGCAAGUUGAGGGAGAUUUUUGCUAGAAUAAAAUGCAGAUCUGUUCAUAAAAAAAUCAGUUUGCUAAAAGAAAAUCAAAACUAUGGGAAUACAGAACUAUCAUAUCGUUUGAUAUCUUCAUUGUAUAGAAAACAGCCUACAAAUAAAGUCACAAAAAAUAGACAGUUAUAUGCUGAGCAGCCAAAAACAUCAUGAUUUAUUAAUAUCUGGAGAAACUUCAUAAUUCAAACACAACCAAACUGUACAUUUUACAAUCACAUUCUAUUUGUAAACAGUUAAAAGCCACUGACUUCUUUUGCAUCUUCGGACACAAACAGUUAGAAUCAAGGCAAUGAAAUAAUGGCGAUUUCUGCACUGUUAAAAUUUUUUACCCUUGCCUAGUCGGUAAUUCAGCGACCAAACAAGCUUUAUUUAAUACCUUUUGUGGCAAAAAAAGGAAAAAAAAAAAGGAGAUGUAACUCGUUACUUUUGCAAGAAAGUAUUUGCGAGAACUUUUUAAACAUUUAAAACUUGUAUACAACAAACAAUUCUGUAAGCCCAAGACCUUGGUUACAGGAUAUGCAUAGUUACUCAGUUCGGCUUUAAGGUACGACAGUUAAACGUUAACACAGUCACAAGAGCAGGAACGGAGCCACUCGAUGGGAUUACAAAAAAAAUCAUGUAACUACAGAUUAUUAGCAAACCACCACCACUCACUAAUAAAAAGACAGCGUCAGAAAGCAGAAUGUCCAACUCCAGCUUGAAGCAUUUUUUUUUUGGCAGAGAAAAAGUCUUACAGAGCAAUAAGUAUUAUCAGUGCUAAAAGUUGAGUUUUUUUAUUUUUAUUUUCCUAUAAGAAACUACAAGGAGUUUUUACUGGGGAACUGGUUUUCCUGAGAGCCAUGCUCUUUGAUUUAGGAUACAGGAAUAGAAAACAAAAGGACAUGGCCAAACACUGUUCAUUAUUCCCAGAGAUAGAAAGCAUCUUUUUCAUUCUCAAUUUUUUUUUUUUUUGUCUUUUUAAAAAUUUUUAAAAUGAUGGAAGAGUAAACAUUUUUCUCAAAAAACAAAAAAAAAUAUUCUGUAAA